AUGGCACAACAGAGACAACUUUAUAAUUUCAAAAAUAUCACCACGAUUCCAGGGGCCAAAAAACUUAUCGACAUAGUGCUAUCGCAAACCCAGAGGAAAACUCCAACUGAAGUUCAUAAACAAUUUAAGAUUUCUAGAAUUAGAAAUUUUUAUAUGCGCAAGGUUAAGUAUUGUCAACAAGUUCUUCGCGAUCGGCUACAACAGAUUCUCACGGAGCUUCCUAAGCUUGAUGAUAUCCACCCUUUUUACUCUGAUCUCUUUAACGUACUAUACGAUCGUGACCACUACAAAUGUGCCCUAGGUCAAGUUAAUGCUAUAAAGGGAGUAGUGGAUAGGGUUGCCAAGGAAUAUGUAAGAAUGUUAAAAUAUGGUUCAUCAUUGUAUAAGUGUAAAAUGUUGAAGCGUGCUGCAUUGGGUAGAAUGUGCACUGCUGUGAAGAAAUUGGAUGCGUCACUCAAAUAUUUGGAAGAUGUUCGACAACAUAUGGGUAGAUUACCCUCAAUUAAUCCACAUGUGAGAACCAUUAUACUAACUGGCUAUCCUAACGUUGGAAAAUCGUCCUUCAUGAACCAUGUCAGCCAUGCUAAUGUGGAUGUACAACCAUACUCCUUUACCACAAAAUCUCUAUACGUUGGUCACUUUGAUUAUAACUAUAUUCGAUGGCAGAUAAUUGAUACGCCUGGUUUGUUAGAUCAUCCAUUGGAAGAUAUGAAUACAAUUGAAAUGACCGCCAUAACAGCCUUAGCUCACAUACCAGCUGCCAUAAUUUACCUCAUUGAUAUUAGUGAAGAGUGUGGCUUUAAAAUACAUGAGCAAGUGAAACUUUAUCACUCAAUCAAAGCCCUUUUCCACUCCAAGCCCAUCGUUAUAGUACUUAACAAGAUAGAUGCAAUGCCAGUAGAUAGUUUAAUGCCAGAACACAAAAAAUUAAUCGAAGAAAUGGCAAAUAAUGAGCCUCUCGUAGCAUAUCAGGAAUGCAGUACUUUAAGUGGCGAAGGUGUUGACGAUUCAAAAAAUAAGGCGUGUAAAAUGUUGUUGGAUCAGAGGGUGUGUGAAAAGGCAAGUUCUAAGAAGGCUGAAAUGUUAAUGAACCGAUUGUAUGUGACAAAUGCGCAGCCUAGGCCACACAAUAUCCCUGAAUCUAUAAUACGUGCUAAAAUGAAUAUGAAAUUGGACAGCGACAUGGAUGGAGAUGACAUUGAUAAGUCGAAUGGUGCAAGUUUUAUGACGGAGAAGGAAUUGGAGGACAAAUAUGGCGGCCCUGGUGUGUAUUCCAUCGAUUUGAGGAAAAAUUACAUACUAGAUGAUCCCAAUUGGAAAUACGAUGUAUUUCCAGAGAUCUACGACGGAAAAAACGUCUUUGAUUUUGUGGAUCCUGACAUAGAUGAGAGACUUAAAAUGUUAGAGAUGGAAGAGCAAUUGUUAAUGAGAGAAAUUAAUGAUGACCCAAUAGAUGGAGAGUGGAAGAGUAUGCAAAAUGCUUUGGAUGAAAUGCACUCGAGUAUCAAGGCCAAACAAUUGGAGAGGAAAUUGCAGAAGAAGAGAAACGGUCCAGCACAGAUCAGUAUGGCCAUCAAAGCCAAAACAGCCAAAAAAGCUAGAAAAUCAUUGGGAGCAAGUAAACUAAUGAAAUUGAGUAUGAUUGGCAAGGGUGAGGAUGACAUGAAUACGCUUGACGUUUCUGAUAAAUUGGUAGCUAAUAUCAACCAAAAGUCAACAGAUAGAAUAAGUCUAUUGGCCAAGAAAAGCAUGGGCAUGUCAGUACAGAGGGAUAGAAAGCUUAAGCUUAUCAAGAAGCCCAAAAUGCCAAAGGGCGUUAGGGCUGAAAAUGACAGAUCGAUUAACGUCAAAAUGCCAAAACAUCUGUUCUCGGGCAAGCGGGGCAUUGGCAAGACCAACCAUAGAUAG